AGUGGAGGAUGCUUCAGUAAUGAGCCAUAGUCUUGAAGGUCGGGCGGUAGCUGCAGUGAUCAGCGAUAUCGCCACCCCUGCUAUUAAUGUUUCAAGACACAAGCACCAGUCUAUAUCAGUUGGUGAUAGUAGAGAAACCAGAGACUCUACAGAUGAAGUGUCAUCCUUUCUCAUUCCAGAUGAACCACUAGUGAAAGAUGAUGAAAGUACAAAGUAUACAGGCUUUCUUAAAAAAGAAGCCCUUGCAAAAGAUGGGGCUCCCUCACAUGCUCAUCAGGUCAUUAUUACCUUGUUGGCUGGAGCAAUGGCUGGAGCCGUGGCCAAGACUACUAUUGCUCCUCUUGACAGAACCAAAAUAAAUUUUCAGGCUACGCAACAGAAGUUCUCGGCUCGCCAUGCUCUAAGUUUCAUAGUAAUGUGUUACAAGAAAGAAGGGCUUUUAAGUAUGUGGCGUGGAAACUCUGCAACCAUGGCUCGUAUUAUUCCCUAUGCUGCCAUUCAGUUUACUGCUCAUGAGCAGUUUAAGAGAGUUCUUAGGAUAGAUGAAGCCAACAGAGAAACUCCCUCACAUCAUAGAUUUUUAGCAGGUUCAUUAGCAGGUGUAACAUCACAAUUCCUAACUUAUCCAUUAGACAUGGCAAGAGCACGCAUGGCUGUCACGCACAAGGAUACCUACUCUUCACUACUACAGGUAUUUAUAAAGAUUUGGAGGAAUGAAGGACCAUUAACACUUUACAAAGGUUUAACACCAACCUUACUUGGAGUGAUACCAUAUGCUGGCACAAGUUUUGCCAUAUAUGAAACUCUCAAGAAAAAAUUUAAAGCUUAUUCUGAGAGAGACAAACCAAAUCCCUUAGAAAGAAUGAUGUUUGGUGCUGUGGCUGGUAUAAUUGGCCAAUCCUCGUCCUAUCCUCUAGAUAUUGUUCGGAGACGUAUGCAGACUGCUAAUGUUACUGGCAAUGGAAAUUCCUACAAAACUAUAAUGGGAACACUUGCUAAAGUGUACAGGGAAGAAGGGCUGUAUCAUGGACUCUAUAAAGGUCUUUCUUUGAACUUCAUUAAAGGACCAAUUGCUGUGGGCAUCAGUUUCUCCACAUUUGAUACACUAAAAUUAUCUCUAGAACAAAUUCUGAUAAGCAGAUAACAGCUUUAGUUACACACAUUUGAAAUAUGUUGUAUUUAAAAAAGUUCAUCUUGGUUGAUAAACUAAAUUUUCUGCCUAAAAUGCAAACUAAUCAUUUGUGCAUGUUAAGAGGUAAAUUAAUAAUGCAGUCUUGGAUUUAGUCACUUUGGGAUUUAGGAACCAUUAAUAUUUAAAGUUCAUGGCAGUCUUUAUAGCUAUUAAUAUAGUACAUUAGAUUUUAUAUAAAAGUGUUUAAAGAGCACCAGUGAAUGAGAAAUUAUGGUAAAGCAAAUUAACUUGUUGCAUUGGACCAAAUGUGCAAUCACUUUUUAAGUACAUAUUCAUUUUUAGUAUAGGUAACUUAGUGGUACUGCUGCAGUUUUUUUUUUUUUUUUUUUUUUUUU